AUGAAAAUUUUGAAUGAAGCACAUGUUCCUAGUAAAGUUACACUGAGUCAAUUAGAGAAGAUUGCUGGGAGAAUAUUUGAGGUAAACCACAUCACCUUUUCAGAUGAUGAACUACCCAAAGAAGGUACAGGACAUAACCAAAGCCUACAUUCCACUGUAAAGUGUGAGCUUUCAUAUGUCACUCGAGUUCUAAUUGAUGGAGGAUCUAGAGCAAAUAUUUGUCCUUUAUCAACUCUACAGAAAUUGAAUGUUAGUGCUGAAAGGGUCCGACCCAACAAUGUAUGUGUUAGAGCUUUUGAUGGGUCAAAAACAGAUGUCAUUGGUGAGAUAGAGCUCGUACUAACCAUAGGUCCUGUGGAUUUAGCUGUGAAUUUUCAAGUGUUGGAUAUCAACGCGUCCUACAAUCUAUUGUUGGGGAGGCCAUGGGUGCAUAGGGCUGGAGCAGUCCCCUCAACGUUGCAUCAAAUGAUUAAGUUUGAAUACGACCGACAAGAGGUGAUUGUUCAUGGUGAGGGGGAUUUGUCAAUCUACAAAGACUCUUCCUCCCCUUUUAUCAAGGCGAAUAAUGAGAAUGAGGCACUGGUUUAUCAAGCUUUUGAGGUAGUGGUUAUUGAGCAUGUCCUCGAGGGGAGUGUCAUUUCAAAACCAAAGAUGCCCAUCGCGUCUGUAAUGGUGGUGAAUGAAUUGCUGAAACAUGGGUUUGAGCCGGGUAAAGGCUUAGGAAUCUGCUUGCAAGGGAGAGCUUAUCCAGUGAGUCUACGAAAGAGCAUCGGUACUUUUGGCUUAGGCUACCAACCUAGAUUCGAGGACAAAAUGAAGGAAAAGAAUCAGAAGAGAGAUGUAUGGUCACUUACCAAGCCUAUACAACCAAUCUACAAAUCUUUCAUCAAAGCCCGCGCAACAGAAUCUUAUCAAUCAUCUUUUCCAGAGCCAGUGAUGAAAGUAAGCGAAGAAAUGAUCAACUAUUUUCAAGAUUUAUUUGUCGAGGUUGAUAUGGUGGAACUCGGAGAAGGCGCUAGCGACAAAGAUGUGCAAUUCAUUGGUCCCGAUGUCAAGCUAAACAAUUGGGAGGCCACCCCUCUCCCCGUUAAAGAGAGUCUUGGUAGUCUUUCUUUCUAUGCCGAUUCUAGUGAUAUGACAUGCAUGCAGAAUUUUUCGCCAGAUCAUAAUAUCCAAUCUAAUCUUCGACCUAAUAUUGAAAUAAUAAGUCAAGAAAUCGAAUAUGAUGAAGACAGAGUAUUUGAAGAAGUAAGGAGGGAUUUCAAUCAUUUUGAAAAUAAGUCAAAUCCAAACAUGAGUGAAAAUGUUUUUGCGUCAUCUUAUGAUGACAUGCCUGGAUUAAGCACUGACAUGGUUGUUCACAAGUUGCCAAUUGAUCCUAAUUUUCCUCUGAUAAAGCAGAAGUUGAUAAAACUCAAAACCGACAUGAGUGUAAUAAUUAAAGAGGAGAUCACAAAAAAACUUGAGGCCAAAGUCAUUCAAGUCGCUCAAUAUCCUUCUUGGUUAGCCAAUAUCGUACCCGUCCCUAAGAAAGACGGCAAAGUUCGAAUGUGUGUUGAUUAUCGUGAUUUGAAUAAGGCAAGUCCAAAAGAUGAUUUUCCUUUGCCUAACAUCCAUAUUUUAUUGGAUAAUUGUGCUAAACAUGAGGUUGCAUCUUUUGUGGAUUGUUAUGCGGGCUACCAUCAGAUUAUUAUGGAUGAUGAAGAUGCAGAAAAAACAUCUUUUAUCACUCCAUGGGGUACAUAUUGUUAUCGUGUUAUGCCUUUUGGAUUAAAAAAUGCAGGGGCAACUUAUAUGAGAGCAAUGACAACCAUGUUUCACGAUAUGAUGCAUAGAGAAAUCGAAGUUUAUGUGGAUGAUGUUAUUAUUAAAUCUAAGAAACAGUCAGAUCAUGUGAAAGACUUAAGGAGAUUCUUCGAAAGGCUCCGCAGGUAUAAUCUCAAGCUUAAUCCUGCAAAAUGUGUAUUUGGAGUACCAUCGGGGAAGCUUUUGGGGUUUAUAGUCAGUCGAAGAGGUAUCGAGUUGGAUCCUUCAAAAAUAAAAGCAAUUCAAGAAUUGCCACCUCCAAAGAACAAAACUGAGGUUAUGAGCCUUCUAGGAAGGUUAAACUACAUCAGCAGAUUCGUUGCUCAACUCACGACAACUUGUGAGCCUAUUUUUAAGUUGUUGAAAAAGAAUGUCACAGUCGAGUGGACCGAAGAAUGUCGAGAAGCUUUUGAAAGAAUUAAGAACUACCUAUCGAAUCCCCCUGUGUUGGUUCCUCCCGAGCCAGGAAGACCUUUGAUAUUGUAUAUGUCAGUUUUGGAUAAUUCUUUUGGUUGUGAACUGGGUCAGCAUGAUGACACUGGAGAGAAAGAGCGGGCCAUUUAUUACCUCAGCAAGAAGUUUACCGUUUACGAAGCGAAAUACACCCUUCUUGAAAGAACGUGUUGUGCCCUAACCUGGACCGCAAUGAAAGCUCAAGCAUUGGCGGAUCAUUUGGCAGAGAACCCUAGUGAUGAAGAAUAUGAACCACUUAAAACCUAUUUUCCAGAUGAAGAGAUAUCUUGUAUCGAUGAAGUUAUUCACGAUAACAAUCAAGGUUGGAAGUUAUUCUUUGAUGGUGCCUCUAACAGGAAAGGAGUUGGAAUAUGA